UAACUCGAACUACCCCAACCAACCACAAAUGAACUGAAUAAAACGAAAAAAAAUACGACCGUUUUACGGUAUACCGCCACCAAUUACCACCUCCAUGCACAAUUUCCAUUGAAAACGUACUAAUAUCAGCAAAUGAACAACAGCGUCAGCAUUAUCCAGACCAAAGAAUAAUAGUUGUACCACGAAGCUGAUUUUUCUGAUAUUUUUAUGUGUAUUGUCGCCGUUAUCGACUAUUUUCAUCUUUAAUUUGAUUCUAAUUUUGUAUUUUUAUGUUUAUUUAUUGUUGUCACUGAAAUAUAACCAUUUUGUGACAAAAAUCAAUUCGUUGAAUCGGUCAUUAUUAUUAUUUAACGAUUAUUUGAAAGUUUUUUCAGUUGCAUCUGAUAACAAUAAUAAUAAUAAAUUUCAAUCAUCAAUACAAUUACCAUUGUAGUGGCAAAAGAUUUCUAACGAGCUUGAAUCACAUCAUCACCAUUCUUUAUAUCUUCAUUUUUUUUUUUAAAUUUUUUGUUAACCCGUGUGUCACUAUUAAAACCGGUCCAAAAUUAAUCCCCAAGCGAUCGCAGAAAUUGAAGCACUCAUGGAACUAUCAGCGGUGGGAGAACGGGUCUUCGCCGCGGAGUGUAUCUUGAAAAAACGAACAAGAAAGAAUAGGGUUGAAUAUCUUGUCAAAUGGCGAGGAUGGUCACAAAAAUACAAUACAUGGGAACCAACAGAAAAUAUAUUAGAUCAUCGAUUAAUCGAUUCAUUCAAUAAAGCACAGAAAAGACGGGCAAACAAAGCCAAUCGUCGUGGUAAAUCAUCAAGCACCACAUCGACAGCAAAUGAAACGAAUCCUUCAUCGGCUAGCGCUGAGACCAACCAUAAAAAUAGCCAGGAUGGAUCCUCUCGCAAAAGCUCGACAGCAAAAGAGACGACAUAUAAUAAGAGAAAAUCAUUAUCGGAUAAGUCUUCCACACAAGCAAAAGUAUCCAAAUUGAAAAGUGAUCGAACAAUCGACAAUAGUGAUCAAGUAGAUUCUACAGAUGCCGAUUAUGAUGAUUCAAAUUCUGGUGAAACGUCAUUUGAUAAACAGGAUAAUAACAAUAAAAAUGAAAUCAGCAAACAGCAACCAACAAAAAUUAUCAAAGAAAAUGAUGAUGAACCUCCAGAGUGUCCAAACCAAACCAAUAACGUUAAAGAACAACAAGUGCCCAAAUCAAAUUUUUCGAUUGGACCGCCACCGGAAUUUUGGCGCAGGCAAAAUAAGAUCGUUGAUCAUAUUAUGGUAACCGAUGUAACAGAAAAUGAUUGUACUAUAACCGUUCGUGAAUGCAGAACUCCCCAAGGAUUUUUUAAGGAAAGAACAGAAAUGAAAAGCAUCGCUGUAUCAACAACAGAUUCGAUAACCAGUCUAAAAUCGGCAAAUAUUCAUUGAAAAAGACAAAAAUUCAGCUUGGAUUUAUCAUUGGCUUUCAUCUGGUUUAUUGUAACUUUACCAACUAAAUAAUGAGAAGGGAGUAUUCAAUUUUUUCUCAUUAUUUAAUUUAAUUCACAUUCACAAUUGUUCAUAAUUCGAUUUAUAUUCAUUUAAAUAUCACAGAGAUUUAGUCAAAAAAAAAUCUCUAUUUUUGUAAAAUAUUCACUAAAAAAAUGGAAUCGCCAAAAUACUAUAAUGAUAAUUACUAUUUUCCUGUUCUAGAAUUCUGGAUAGAUCUAUAUCUAAAACCGAUUAGUUAUUCUGGGUUAUUUCAUUUUACAUAAAUACACAGGCGAAAAAAACAUUAUCGGUAUUUAAUUAUUGAAUUUUAAUUUUGCACACACACACACACACACAUGCAUACAUAUUCUAAAAUUUGUUAUUUCCUGUCAAUCAAUUAUUCAAUUUUGCAUUCAUUGACUUUGUUGAUAAUACAUGCAAGCCUGAUCACAUACUCAAGCGAGAAAAAAAAUCUAUUUAAUUACGAGCAUUGAUUAUGAUAAUUG